GAAAAUCCGAAUGGGCGGGAAUAAAAUACAAACUAGAGUGCACCAAUGGUCUUUUCAAGGUUGUCGGAGGCGUAGUUGAUCUCGUUACUAAGCAGCAGAUAUAGCGAUUCAAACUCUUUCGAAAGGUACUUAUGAUGUACAACACCAGUUAAUAGGCAAACCAGAAUAUUUUAAGUUCUACAUCUUCCAACGAUCACCAUGGCCUCCUCGAGUGAUCUUCGGGAGAAACUACGAAAGAAACGACGUGCGCUGCAACAUUCUCUUCAGGUCAAAGAUGACGUUGAUGCCGAUACUCAGGCUCUGGUUCCAACAGACAGAAGUCAAAGUAAGGAGACAGCACAGAGGGACAUGGAGGAGCUGACAGCUGGUGAGGAGGAGCCAGGGGACACACUGAGACGCAAUCUGAAGGCUCAGAGACUGAGGAGGAGGAGAAAGCUUGAGGAAGCUUCUGUGGACGACAAGUCGAUGGUGGAGCCCUUUCAUGAGACAGUGGGGGAGGUUACAGCCGUUCAACAGAUCAGCCAAAGUGAUGAGAAACCUGUGGAGCCGUGCGUCGUGUCCAGUCCAGCCCAAUCCCAGAGAGGAGACCUGCCACCCCGGCCUCAGGCCAAGCCCGUGCCUGGCUCCAGCCACUCAGAGAGUUCCACCAUGAGACAGCGAAUGAAAGAUAAGCUGAAGGCAGCCAGGUCCAAAGCAGAAAGUCUUCUGCAGCAGGAGGCUUCCCAGGACGGGCCUGCCAGUCGCCUGCAGAGUCUCAAAGACAGACACACCCUCACCAGGUUUGACAGAGAGACGGACGCAGACCUUAGGGGAGGCGGAGAUGACCACCCCUCAUCCCUAAAUGUCAAAGUUAAGUUCAGAGAGGCAGUCAGGCGUGUCAGGGUGGACAGUAAAUCUGAGAUGGGUUUACCCACGGCAGAGGAGGCCUACAAUUUCUUCACUUUUGACUUUGACCCGGAACCCGAUGAGGAGACUAGGAAAGGUCAGAAGAGAAGGACAAGACCAGAAGGAGAGAAUGAGGAAGGAGAAGAUGGUGGUGAUGAUGAUGAAGAGAAGGAGGAAGAGGACAAGGAAGAGGUUACUGAAGUGGACAGGGAACAUCAAGGCGAGGAUGAGGAGCGGGAUGACAAUGCUCCUCUGAUGAGAGACGAGGAGGAGGAACUGUUCCUUAUUGACCAAUCAGCAGAUGACUUCCUGGUGUUUAAGAGGGCGGAGUACAUGGGCUACCAGCGGCGUCUCCAGAGUGAGAAUGAACUGCUCUUCACCCCAAGCUUUCUGACAGUGCCAGCCUCCAGUAAAGUUCCAGAGAACAUGAAGCCCCGCUACCUGGAGGAGGAGGGGCUGUACGUGGGGGAAAGGCCUCCCAUGUCCCUGACCAAUCAGAACAUCUUAGAGAACCGGAUCUUGAAACAAGAGCAGGGGAGGAAGUGGUUCGGAGACGAUGGUAGGAUCAUGGCUCUGCCUGACCCCAUUAAAGAGUCAUCCACCAGACCCCCUCUAUUCCACAUAGAGGAUGACCUGGACCCGGCACUCCAGACCGUCUACAGAAAGGCGCUGGUGUCAAAGCACGCCAGCCAGUACAUUUCGGUAGGAGGGGAAACUAACGGGGAUUACCAGCUGGAUGUGGAUGUCUCAGGGCUCAUCUUCUCCCAUCAUCCACUCUUCAGCCAAGAGCACGUCCUGGGGUCGCGUCUGGUCCAGCUCUAUGACCAGCACCUCAGCCGGCAGCACAGGAACCUCACAGAACACCUCACAACCAAGCUGAACGGGUUGAGGAACACCAUUGGGAACAUGCUGGAGGUCCACGGUGGACAGAGGCUGACUCCUGUCAUGCAGCAGAGGAUAUCUGAGUACAAACAGGAGGUGAGGAACACACGCAGGCUGCGUGACCUCGAGCAGGAGAAGGACAGAACCCUGCUGAAGGGCAUCGUCAAGAUCUGGAAGGAGAUCAAAGCCCUUAGAGACUUCCAGAGGUUCACCAACACACCGUACAAGCUUUACCUCCGAAGGGAGGAGGUGGAGAGGGCCUCAGAUGUACGGGAAUAUGAGGCUGAGAUCCAGGCAGAGGUGGAUGAGCUGCUGGACGAGAUGGAGGAAGACUAUCAGAGGAAGGUCACUGAGUACAGGAGACAGCAGGAAGAGUGGAAAGUCUGGAGGAGGAAACAGAGAGCCAAAAAUAAGAAGAAAAAGAAAACGCAGUCUCAACUUGAUGACAAUGAGGACGACGAAGACAACGAUGACGAUGACCGGACAGAUGGCGAAGCAGAGCCGGGACCCCCGAAGCCAAAGCCUCCCGAGGAACCGGAUAUGGAGGGUGUUGAGAAGCAGGUCAGUGAGAAGGCCUCCAGGAUUCGGAGGAAACCAGGGGAACCCAUCCUUGUGCCUGAGCUAACUGCAUCUGGUCCAAUCACCCCUAAUGAACAGUGUCCCAGGGGCGAGUUUGCUAGAAGAGAGGAUGUUGCAAAGCGCUCUAUCUUUAUCAAGGUUUUGUACAAUGACAAAGAAGUCUCCAGAACAGACAAUCGAUCCUUGAACUCAGAUUUCAGAGUCCAUUUUGGUCAGAUAUUCAACCUGAAGAUUGUCAACUGGCCAGAAAGCAUAAAAUUGCAGGUGUUUGAGGUGUUGGGUUUGUCCACCACCCUGUUGGCAGACGUGUUUGUGCCAGUCCCCGAGUCGUCAAUCCUGACGGGCAGCGCCCCCUCUGAGGAGCUGGUGUUUAGCAGCAACCUGCGCGUGAUGUUUGACCACGAGGCGGUUGGCAGCGAUGUGCCCUUUUCCUUUGAGGUGGAUGGCAGUAACCGGCAGACCCUGCUGACCUCUGGGAAGCUGUCCUGCUCUGUGUCCUGGGCUGUAGGGGAGGAUGACGUCCCACUGGCCCCGCCCACCACUCAGCCCAAGCCCAUGUACAGUGGGCUAAAGCAGUUGGAUGCCAUCGCCAGCAUCGGGGCGUCAGGCCUUAAUGACAUGAAGAAGCUCGGGGAGUGGGCCACUGAAUCUAGGCUGGACCCCAACGACCCAAAUAAUGCAGACAUCAUGCAGCUACUCAAGGUGGCCAGUAGUGGCGAAGUGACCGCUCCAGAUUACUUCAGACUGGAGCAGCUGCAAGAGGAAUUCAACUUUGUGUCGGAGGAGGACCUGGAGCAGUCUCGCCGUUUCCGUCUGCUCCGAUUAAGGAACCAGGAAGUGGCUGAGUUCCGCAACUACAAGUUUGUCCCUGCCAUGGAGCGAGAGGUCACAGAUAAGGUGUUCGAGGAAUAUGAGAGGCGAUUGAAAGAAGGGGAGAUCGUUGACACCAAGGGUCAUCUGGAUGCACACAGGGCUCUGGUGGCCAAACAUCUGCACAAGAUUAGAGAAUCGAUCAUCAACCGGUUCCUAAUUGCCAAGCAUCAUUUCAUCAUGUCGGACCUGGUCCAAGAAGAGCAGGUUCCUACUAUUGGUGGUCCAGGCCCUGGGAUUCUUGGCCUGAAUCUGUUCAAGCUGGCUGAACCCAAACGGCCCCUGAAGCCCCAGAGGAAAGAGAGGAAAAAAGUCACAGCCCAGAAUCUGUCUGACGGGGACAUUCGACUGCUCCUCAACAUCAUCCGGGCCUACGAUAUCCCUGUCCGCAAGCCUUCUGUCAACAAACCGGCUGUAACAUCUAAGUCGACUCGCUCUUUCACAGAGACACUCACAGCGGGCCAGUCCCAAAGAGCAACGCAAGGCAGCGACUGGCUCCUCAAUCAGGUGCAGGUCAGGCCCUUUGUGGAGGUAUCAUUCCAGCGCUCGGUUCUCCAGACCACGACCGCAGAUGGACCGAAUCCCUGCUGGAACGAGGAUCUGCAGUUGCCGUUCAGUGCCCCAAAUGGAGACUACAGCACUGCAAACCUGCAGUCAAUGAAAGACGAGAUCUUCAUCAACAUCUUCGACGAAGUCCAAUACGAACUUGGAGGGGACGGAGAGGACAGGGGGAAAGAAGUUCAUACGCGACUAGAGAAACACUGGCUGGGCUCUGUGAAGAUCCCCUUCAGCACCAUCUACUUCCAGUCCAGGAUUGACGGCACGUUCAAGGUGGACACACCGCCGGUGUUGCUGGGAUACAGUAAGGAGCGCAGCCUAGCGAGUGAUGGAGGCUAUGACGCCGUGCGCAGUUUAACUGAGGGAGCCUUCAUCACACUCUUCAUUACCAUAGAGCCACAGCUGGUGCCUGGAGAGACCAUCAGGGAGAAGAUGAAGGAGGUAAAGUUUGAAAGCCAGGAGAGUGAGGGUCUCCUGCUGGCGUCCGAGGUCUUUGAGAGGGAUGCUGCGGUGCAUUUCCCCGACCGCCCCUGCCUCACCACCGUCAUAAACAUCAACGGGAAGACGGUGUUCAUCACACGCUACCUCCGUCCCCUCAACCCCCCACAGGAGUUGCUCGACGCCUUCCCGAACAGUCCCCAGGAGGCCACGGACCUGAUAGCUCGUUACGUUUCUCUCAUCCCCUCGCUGCCAGACAGCGUCUCAUUUGCCGGUGUCUGUGAUCUGUGGAGCACAUGCGACCAAUUCCUGACCCUCCUGGCGGGGGACGAGGAGGAACACGCUGUUCUGCUCUGUAAUUACUUCCUGUCCAUGGGAAAGAAGGCCUGGCUCAUCAUUGGCACCGCCAUCCCGGAGGGACCCACAACGUAUGUUCUGACCUAUGAGCAGAACCGCUACCUCAUCUGGAACCCCAGUAGUGGUCAGUACUAUGGCCAGUAUGACACCUUCUGCCCACUGCAGACUGUUGGCUGCCUGGUCAGCGCUGACAAUGUGUGGUUGAACACUCAGGCGUACACCUCCCCCCUCAGGAUACGCUUUGAUGUCACCAAAGCCAAACUCUGGAAACCAUUCUUCUCCAGGGCUUUUCCAAACCCUGGGCUGUCCAGUGUUCAGCCUGAGGAGCUGGUGUAUCGACACACAGACCAAGCAGCAGCUGCAGAGCUACAGGACAGAAUUGAGAAGAUUCUAAAGGAAAAGAUAAUGGAGUGGCGGCCCCGCAACCCGACCCGCUGGAACCGAUACUGCACCUCAACGCUGCGCCACUUCCUGCCCAAGCUGGAGCUGAGCAGAGGGAGGGACGUGGCCGACGAGCACCGCCUGGAGUUACAGAGUCUACUGGGAGACUACAGAAUUUCAGGGUUCCCCCUGCAUCUCCCCUUCUCAGAGGUCCGGCCCAUUGUGGAGGCCGUCUACAGCACUGGGGUCCACAACGUGGAGGCGUCCAAUGUGGAGUUUGCCCUGGCGGUUCACGUCCAUGCCUACCCCAACAACGUUCUGUCCGUCUGGGUUUACCUAGCCUCUCUCAUCCGCAUGAGAUAGUAACAUUAAUGCAGAGAAGCCGAUUUCUCACAAACGCACUUUAAUAUGUCUGUAUUUUAUGAAGAAAUGGGUUGAGCAUAACAGCCUUUUAAGCUACCGGCAUUGUAUCGAUUUUCUCUUGUGUUUUUGUAUUUUGUUUAUGAUUGCAUGCACACUAAACAUCAAAGUUUGCCGUAGUCCUACCAAAGAAAUCACCAGUCAGGCUGGGAUUGAUUCAAACCAGUCAGAGCUAUGUUCACACAGUGCCUUUAUUUGCAACAUUCAUCCAGAACCCACACACUUGUAAUUCAGGACAGGGAAAGCAUACUAGUGAGGGAAGUCACCCCAGUAUCAGGUUUUUAUGCAGGGCCCAAAUCUGACAGUUAAAUGAAAGAGAAGAGCUCAUCUUAAAUGUAGCAACUCAAGAUUUAUUCAUUGACUUUUUUUUGUAUCUGGGUACUGAAUGUGAAGCUUAGGCAAUAGUGUCAUGUGCUGUACAAUAUAUAGUAUGCGUGUAAUGACCAACUUCAUGAUAUAUGCUCUACUUUAUAUAUACAGCAACACAAUCCAAGAUACUUUUAUUGUUCUGCUUUUGAGUUGUACAUAAUAGAACUUUUGAUGCAGAUUGUUUGAACAAGCAAAUAUCUCCAGAUGAGGGUUCUGCAACAUAAGUACCAAUGGUCAGAGUGGCUUUCACAGGGUGGAGAUCCUCUUCUAUGCUCUCAUACUACUGUAGCCCCAGCCAACGUCUGGGAAGUAACCCUCUGCCCUGGGAGAGCUUAUGAGAAUACUGACCAACACUGACCAACACUGAAAACUCAUUCCUAUGCGUAAUUGGAUUUGUAACAUAAAUGGAUGACAACACAGCUGGAUGAAGUUGUACACAAAAGAACAGACAGGUUUUGGCAUAUAAACACCAAUUUAACAACUACUGACUAAAAUUAUGCAAAAUCUCCACAGUGCAUUAAAUAACUAUUAGCAGAACAAUCCAAUAUUUCCAGCCACAAGAGAAAGACAAGGUGCUUUGUGAAUGCGAAUUGAGGUUGAAAUCAGAGCACUCCGGGACAAGGGUUUAACCUGCAGCCAGAAAACACUAUAACCCUUUCUAUCUGAAAAGCCAACCCUUAUCAGAGGAAAUCCUCCCACCUGGCCACCAGCGAAACACAGGUGUGUCAUUUCUAGUAGUGACAGAGUUCUCCAGGAGUAUGCAGUACCCUAAAAUGUAUAACCGUCAAAUCACAUCCACAUUAAAAUGCAGCUGUGUCUUUCACUGUGUGAAUCCCCUCUACAUUCUGUCAUAAAAUGUCUAUGUGAAGCUGUUUGUAUCAUGUGAAGAGACCUCUGUUACAACAGUAAGUAA